AUGAGUGGCAUUGCCAAAAAGAGAAAGCGCAACGGCGCCGAGCCCGUCCUCGCCGCGCUGGCGAAAAAGUCCAAAAAGGCCAAGAACCCGCCCAGGAUCGAGCCUGAGCCUGAACUCGAACAUGACAGUGACAGUCAGGACGAAAGCAUCCAAGGCGAAACAAAUCAAGACAACGGGAUGGAUGAUUCCGCCGACAGUUCCGACGAGGGUUCCGGCUCCGACAAGGAGCCUUCGGCUGACGACGCCGACAACAAGGAUCAAGAUGGCGACAGCCCCGUUGGAGACCUGGCCGCCGCCAAUGCGCCGCUGCUGCCUGCCGCGACCGACUCUGAGCUUUUUGAACAGCUCAAGCUCUCCGACAAGACUAUGAAGGCUAUUGGCGAGAUGGGCUUCACCAAGAUGACCUCGAUACAGAAAGCGGCUAUCCCGCCGCUGCUGGCUGGCAAGGACGUCCUCGGCGCCGCCAAGACGGGUUCGGGCAAAACGCUCGCGUUUCUGAUUCCCGCGAUCGAGAUCCUCAGCGCGCUACGUUUCAAGCCGAGAAACGGCACCGGCGUGAUUGUCGUCUCCCCCACCCGAGAGCUGGCUCUCCAAAUAUUUGGCGUGGCGCGGGAGCUCAUGAAGCAUCACUCCCAGACGUACGGCAUCGUGAUUGGCGGCGCCAACAGAAAGGCAGAAGCAGAGAAGCUCUCCAAGGGGGUGAACCUGCUGAUUGCCACGCCCGGCCGGCUCCUCGAUCAUCUGCUCAACACCCCGUUUGUGUUCAAGAACCUCAAGUCGCUAAUCAUUGACGAGGCGGACCGGAUUCUGGAAGUCGGGUUCGAGGACGAGAUCCGGCAGAUUGUCAAGGUGUUGGCCAACGACGACCGUCAGACCAUGCUGUUUUCCGCGACGCAGACGACCAAAGUCGAGGAUCUCGCGAGGAUUUCGUUGCGCCCAGGCCCUCUGUACAUCAACGUUGACGAAGAGAAGCAGUUCAGCACGGUCGACGGCUUGGAGCAGGGCUACGUCCUCUGCGACGCAGACAAGCGCUUCAUCCUCCUGUUUUCCUUUCUCCGAAGAAUGCAGGCCAAGAAGAAAAAGGUCAUUGUCUUUUUCAGCAGCUGCGCGUCCGUCAAGUACUAUGCCGAGCUGCUCAACUACAUUGACUGCCCGGUCCUGGACCUGCACGGCAAGCAAAAGCAGCAGAAGCGGACAAACACCUUUUUCGAGUUUAGCAACGCCGAGCACGGCAUUCUGAUCUGCACCGACGUUGCUGCGCGAGGUCUCGAUAUCCCGGCUGUCGACUUCAUCGUUCAGUUCGACCCUCCCGACAACACGCGCGACUACAUCCACCGCGUGGGCCGCACGGCCCGCGGCGCCAACACCAAGGGCCGCAGCCUGCUGUUCCUCCAGCCCAACGAGGUGGGCUUCCUGUCGCACCUCAAGGCUGCGCGCGUGCCCGUCGUCGAGUUUGACUUUCCCUCCAAGAAGAUUGUCAAUGUGCAGUCGCAGCUGGAGAAGCUGAUUGGCAAGAACUACUACCUGCACCAGAGCGCCAAGGAGGCGUUCAAGUCGUACCUUCACGCGUACGCCUCGCACAGUCUGCGGUCCGUCUAUGACGUGCACAAGCUUGACCUGGCUCGGGUGGCCAAGAGCUUUGGCUUCACCACGCCGCCGCGCGUCGACGUCAACCUGGGGCAGUCGAUGAGCAGGGACAGGGUGCAGGGCAGGAGGGCGUACGGAAGCCAACCCCGCCAAGCGGCGAGGGGCGGUCGCAGGUGA